AUGGGCUGGGAGCAAUCCACCAACGAGCCUGCCGGCGACGACGCCUGGACGACUGCAGCCGCCCCUGACAACAACGGCGCCACUGACAACUUCGACACCACCAACGGCGAUGAAGGCUCCGGCGGCGGCGAGACUGAGGCCAAGCCGAAGGCCGACGUUCUCUCCACCGAAGAGUACACCAAGAAGGCUCGUGACGCCGGUUGGGCCAAAGCUGUUGCCUUCGACUAUGCGGAGUUUCAGCGGACCGGCGGCGAGGAUCGUGGCAAGUACAUGGGCGAGGCUCAAAUCUACCCAUUCAAGGAGGAGUUUGGGGAAGUUGGUCCAGAAGUACCUGAGCUUGAGGCUGUUCUGUUUGGCGGCGAGUUUCAGAUGCGCAAGGGCGAGCACACUGAGGUGCUGAACAUCGACGUGACUGUUGAGGGACCUGAGAAGAUUCUUCCUUUCAACUCAUUCGAUGAAGCGGGUCUUCAUCCAGUCGUGCUGUCCAACAUCAAGCUCGCUCAGUACGAUCAGCCCACUGCCAUCCAGUGCUACACCAUCCCCAUCAUCAACCAGAAGCACGAUGUUCUUGCCGUUGCCCAGACUGGUAAGCCUUUUCUUGACCCGCCUUCGGUUGACGUGUACAUAACCGCGCCUCCGGGCAUAGGCUCUGGCAAGACCGCCGCGUACAUGAUUCCAAUCAUUUCAAACCUUAUGGGCAAGGCCAAGAAGCUCGCCGCUUCCCGUCCCGACACUACCUCUUCACGCUUCGACCCUCGGACUAUGGGCGUCAGGGCCGAGCCUCUGGUCGUCAUCGUUGUGCCUACCCGCGAGCUGGCGAUGCAGAUCUUCGACGAGGCCAGGCGCAUGUGCUAUCGCAGCAUGCUGCGUCCUUGCGUCACGUACGGCGGGUUGCCAAUGGGUGUCACUCGCGACCAGCUUGCUGGAGGCUGCGAUGUGCUCAUCGCCACUCCUGGUCGGCUUUGCGAUCUCAUGGACAAGCCGCACAUUCUCACCAUGAGCCGUGUCAAGUACACCGUCAUCGACGAAGCUGAUGAGAUGCUUGAUCAAGACUGGGCCGAAGAGCUUGAGAAGAUCAUGGGCGGUGGCGACACCAACGAUGAUGCUGAUCAUGUCUUCAUCAUGACUUCGGCCACCUUCCCGAAAGGAAUCCGCAAGCUGGCGAAUGAGUAUCUCAACGAAGACUUCUACCGCGUCCGUGUCGGUGCCAAGGGUCAGACUGCUCACAAGAACAUCCGUCAGAACAUCAUCUGGGUCGAUCCUCAAUCCAAGCGCGAUGCUGUCUUCGACCUUUUGUUCGAGGCUGAGCCCACCCGCACCAUGAUCUUCUGCAACUCCAAGGGCGCUGUCGACGAGCUCGACGACUUCCUCUGGAACCGCGGCCUGCCUACCACCUCCAUCCACGCCGACCGCAACCAGCUCGAGCGUGAGGACGCCAUGCGUGCCUUCCGCACCGGCAAGGCCCCCAUCCUCAUCGCCACCGGUGUCUCUGCUCGUGGCUGGGACGUCAAGGGCUGCGGCCAUGUCAUCAACUAUGACCUUCCCUCUGGCAUGUACGGCGGCAUCACAGAGUACAUUCACCGCAUUGGUCGUACGGCUCGUAUCGGCAACCAAGGCCUCGCCACGUCCUUCUACAACGAUCGUAACGAGGACAUCGGCGAAGAGCUCGUCAAGGUGCUCAUCGACUGCGACUGCGAGGUUCCCGAAUUCCUUCAGCAGUACGCGCCUGACGAUGGCAAGGUCGAUUUCGACGAUGACACCGACGAUGAAGAUGAGGGCGAUGCUGAGGGCGAUGGCUUCGGCGGCGGCGCAGGUUUCGGCGGCGACGACACUGCCGGCGAUGGUGAUGGUGCGCCUGUCGUGGCUUCCGGCUGGGGCGCUGCUCCCGCUGCCGCCGAUGAGGGCUUCACAGCUUCCGCUUGGUGA